AUGGCCAGUUCAGUACCUACGGAGCUCUCUCCUGCUCAGUUGCAUAGACUCAACGACUAUCUCGAGGCGAAAUGUCUUGAGCUUACGAAGGGCGUGCGGAAACGAUACGAGCCCGACUGUCCGUAUAGCACUUUGACAUCGUACUUGACGGCCUCCUCGUCUCUGGUUAACAUGAUACUCCUGAUCCCGCCCUCGGAAGGUUUAAGAACGUCAUGGCUACUAAGAGUCACAGGUGAUAUAUUCGAAAAUGUCCCCGCGUACCAACUCGAUACCGUCCUCGAGACAGUAGUGGAAGACCAAGGAGAACAGGAACAAGUGCCAAUAUUAAGCGACAAGGGUCUAGAAAAGCUCGACCAGGUCUUUGAAUUGUUCGAAGUAUUGGAUGCAGGAUGGUGUGCGGUGAUUAGGAACGAACGAUGGGAUGCGAAAGAGAGACAUGGGAUAUUCGAGCCGCAGCCCUCUGGAUCCAACAAACCUGAUACGUCAGAGUUGGGUACCGAGGUACCCGCAUCCAACUCGGUGUUUAGCACGACAGACCGGAUCCGCCUUCGUAGCUUGAUUAUUUCCGGCAAACACGAGUUUGACGACUGGUUGGCCGAACACGGUGGAGGCGCCAAUUUCGACGUUUACCAACGCUCAAUUCGCCUCAUGCACCAUACGUUUGAAGAAAUUGGAGCCGACGCUCCUUUGCCUGCUCCUGAAGGUGAACAAGACGAAGAUUCAGAGGAGGAUGAUUAUGAUUAUGCUAACACGUCCGAAUUCCCGGGGAUCGUUCACACAGACAUGGCAAUCGUUGGCGACGCGGAAGGAGAGCUUUCAAGGCUAUGGUCACUCGUUUGCGAACUUAGUGAACAGCUGAAUAGCAACAAGGCCGCGACUGCUUCGCUUCAAGCCCAGGCCAACGCGCUUAAAGGACAAGCGAUACACAAUGGGACUGGUUUUGCGCUGCGCCGGUUUAACACUGACCUGAGCAAAGAGGUUUUCGAGAGCGAACUGGAGCGUAUGAACGCAGCGAUUGUCAUCGAGAACCAGACACUCCAGCAUGAAAAUAAACAACUCAAUACACUGCUCAAAGAGUACGAGACCACGCUCGAAACCGUCAUGACCAAAUUCAGAAACCAAGCUCAUGCAGCUCAGCAACACGAACUGAACCUCACACGACACUACGAAACCAUAAUUCUGCAGCUCCAGGCACAAACGCAAGCCGUCGUCCUCGGCGCGUCGACGAACCAUUCGCAGACGGUCUCUCGGCUCUCGAACCUCCUACGCCUCCUGAUGCGCUCCUUCAACGGAGAAGACGCAACAUUCGACCCAUCCGUACUUCCGGACCCUCGCGCCCUAUGCGAUCCUGCACACCCAGACCACACCAAGGCCAUCGAACAGCUCGAGAACCUGGCGCUGCACGAGACCCCCGCACCAGCAGAUACCCAAGAUGCGGAAGAAUCCGACGCACGGUCCGAUUGGGCGCUCGAGCGCGAGAUUGAGAUUUGUCGGCUCGAGCAAGAGAACGAUACGCUCAGGCGCCUGUUGGCGAUUCAUACCGGCCAGCCGUUGCCCGAAGGUGUAUCCGAUACGCCCUCGUCGUCUUUGAUUCGCCCGAGCUCGGCUGCGUCGAUCGACCGUCCUGGGUCUGGGAUGUCGGUGCGCGCGGUCGAUGCGUGGGGCGAUACGAGCACGCCGCGGUAUACUCGUGGGAUGUACGACCAUCUUCGUCCGGGACGUGCGCCUCGCGGGUACAUUGUGAGCUCUAAUCCUGGAGGGGGAGAGGGCGGGGCCAGUCCAGGGGGUGGAUUUGGACCAGGAAUGCAACAAGGUGGAGGCCUCGGAGGAAUGAUGGGUCAGCCCCAGCCCCAACAGCAGCAGCAGCAACAGCAACAACAACAACAGCAACAACAACAGCAGAUGGGGCAAGGACAAGGUCAGGGAAGGCCUAUGAUGGGUCAGUCCCAAUCGUUAGUCUUCCCGUUUUAG